GUAAUUCUAGGUAAAACAUGGCGUCGUCCUCGUCGUUAGGACGUGUUUUGACUCUGUCCAAACAGUUACAGAGCGUCUUCAGGAUAUCUCCAGCGAUAAGCGUCCAACACUGCGUUGUAAAUCUGAAAAGAUGCCAGAACAAUCUUCUAAGUGAAAAAUCCUCCCCGUUUGCCUUAUCUUGGAUCACUCCCAUCAGCUUUGUGGGUCAGCAUCGAGCUUUGCACACGACCAUCAGCAGGAGAGGGUUGGAAGAGUUCUUUGAUCAGCCUGAGAACUGGGGAGAGUCCAAUGUGAAGUCUGGAGCUCCAUGGACAGCAAAACAGCUGAGAACAAAGAGCAACGAGGACUUGCACAAACUCUGGUAUGUGUUGCUGAAGGAAAGAAACAUGCUGCUGACGCUUGAGCAGGAAGCAAAAAGACAAAGGGUUCAGAUGCCGAGUCCUGAACGGAUGAAGAAGAUUGAACGGUCAAUGGUCAGGCUGGACACGGUGGUGAAAGAACGGGAGACUGCACUGCGUCUGCUGCAGACGGGACAGGAGAAAGGCCGGCCAGGAGAGUGGAGGAGGAACGUGUUCGGAUAUGAAUUCUGGUAUCGGUUCAAAGAAUACACAAUUCCUUGGUACAUGAAUAAAAGACACAAGCGCAAGAAGUUCUACACGCCCUAUUUUGUCCAACCUCAUAUAAGGUUGCGCAUUGAGAGAUUCCUUCGAGAAAGGACCAGGAAAGCCAGCUUAAAGAAGAAAACUUUGGCCAAAUUAAAAGAGCGAUUUCCCCAGACAAAGCUUCCAUCUUCCUGAAUAAGGGAUCUUUGUUUUUGAGUUUGCUACAACUCAGCUGCCUGAAUCAGCUCACACAAUCUACUGAAGUUUGAGCAAAUUCUUAUCCAGCUGUUAUUUGAUUUUACAAGAUCAAACUGUUUUCUCGAUUGGAAAUGUGUUCUGGUUUGUUACUGUCUAAUAAACCAUCCUGCCGAA